AUGCUUUUGGCAGAGGAGCCCGCGACGCUCAUCUCGCACACGAUCGACAACUUCAACAUCCAACCAGACAAGCAAGCCAUCGCCCGCAUCAAUGAAUCCCUCUCCACCCUCCAACAGGCCCGCGAGCUGCGUCUCCGCGAGGCAGAGAAUGCCCUCAAGAAACUAACCUCAGCCCACUCCUCCACCGCCCACGCCUCCGAAAUAGCCCGCCUCGACACCACAAAAUUCCGCACCGCAAAGGCGGCAUCCGACGCAGAAAUGGAAGCAGAGCGCCUCGCCCAACAGGCCGCAGACCUCAACGCCCGCCUGCAGGAGCUCGAGAUCCAAGGCCUCGACGGCUCCGCCGACGACCAGGCGCGCCGCCGCGACCCCGUCGACGACGAGGUGCUGCUGCGGCUCAAAGUGUACCGCAGCCUGGGCAUCGAGAUAGAGCGCGACGGGAAGGACGGUGGCGGCACGGGCGAGUUCACGCGCGCGGUUGUGAGGAAUGAUCGCAAGGGGGAUGUGCAUGUCGUCAAUAUGGACAAGAAGUUUUCAAAGUUCUUUUAUGCCAAUUACUUUUGGCAGACUUUGUAA